GGAACCGGAAGUGAGGGUACAUUUCUGGGGGAAAACUUCCCACAGCAACAUUUCCAGGUGGAGAAAAACCUUCAAACAGCGGCCAAGAGAACACAAUGAAGAGAAACGAGCUGGAUAAAUGACUAAUCAGACCCCGGACUGUACUGGUGCGGUGAUAUCAGGUCACUAAGGGAGGGGUUAGCGCGGCAGACAGGCGUUAAAACCAGGCGAAGGAGCUGAACCUGGUCCCCGUGGUGCUGCUGCUCGACUUUAGACGGUUUACUGAUCUAACCUAACCUACCUACUAACUGUGAAACUACUACUGUGAUACACUCCGCCGCUGCUCCGAUCAGCAUCAAGAUGGAGAACUCCAAUGGUGGUAAGCCCUUUGUGGUCACCUCCUCCCUAUCUUUCAAUGUCUCGACCCCUUCCUUCUACAAUCAACCAAAAAAGUUUGCCUCGGUAGCGCCUCCAAAGCCCAAAGGACCUAACCAGUCACAGCCUCCAGCCUUCUCGUCAUCAAUUGCAAGCACAGGUGUGAUUGGUCGGGUGGGAGAGAUGCCGCCGCCCCCUUCGUCCAUUGAUGACUUUCCACCCCCUCCUCCGCCACUGGACGAUCUGCCUGCACCUCCCCCAGAAUGCCAGACCACACCCCCUGCACCUGAUGCCCCUCCUCCUACAUUUCCUGCCCCUCCCCCAGUUGCAGAUGAUUUGCCGCUUCCAGCACCUCCAGAAGAGAUCAGCUUUGUCGCCUCAAAUACCUGUCCUGCUCCACCUCCACCCCCUCCCCCUCCCCCUCCUGCACCUCCACUCCCCGGGCCUGGCACAGGCACCACCUAUCAGAGACCGCUGGAGAAGCAGACUAGCUUUGACAGACAGCUGGACUCUCUAACUGAUAUGUUAUCAGAAAUGGAAACCAGAAAACCGUUCAAUCCAAAGCCCAGUCAGCUGUCAUCAGCACCAGCCCCAAAGCCACCGCCCACAGCCCCCAAACCUGCACUGUCCUUCCUGCCCCCACCGGAGCUGCAGGACCGCCCUCCACCGGCCCCCUGGGCUGAGGAGCUGCGUGCCAGGACCACCCUCCGACAGACAGGUCCAAGUCCUGCGUCUGCUCCAGCCCCCUCCUCACAGCCGCUGGCUAAAGGCUCUGCAGCCGCGCCUAAAUCUACCUUCUCUCCCAGCCAGCCCACUUCCAAUUUCAGCCCCAAACCCGGAAAUGUUGCAACAUCUGCAGGUACAAGAGGGAUUAACAGUGUCUCCUCCCAUGCCUCAUUCCCUCCGCCUCCUGCUGCACCUCCUGCUGCGCCUCCUGCUCCUCCUGCUGCACCUCCAGCAAGUGUUCCCGCUCCUACCCCUGUUUUCAGUCAUUCAAAACCUGCUCCAGUUGUCAGCCAGGAAAAAUGGAAUCCACCCCCUCCAGCUGCCCCACAGCCCAAGCCAGCUUCAUCACCCAUCUCAUCAUACAGCAAACCAAUAGGCAACCCAUCUGCACCCAAAGUGACUCCUGGUGCAGGUGCGCCCCCUGGUGGUGUUCCUCUCUCAAUGAGAGAAGUUGAGGAGCUAGAAAGAAUGACCAAGGACUUCAUUAAAGACAUGGACAAAAAGGGUCCAGUUAUCACCUCUGCACCAACAGAGGUGUGUGGUAAGUGUAAAGAGGGUCUAUCCAGAUCCCAGCCUGCAGUCAGAGCCAUGGACAAACUUUUCCACUCUCACUGUUUCUGCUGCGUGACCUGCCAGCGCCCCCUGCAGGGCAUGCAGUUCUAUGACCGUGAUGGAACGCCUGAGUGUGAGGAGUGUUAUGUGCAUUCUCUGGCGAUUUGUUCCCGCUGUGGGGAGAGGAUCACAGAUCGUGUGUUGAAAGCGGUGGGCCAGUGUUUCCAUGCCCACUGUUUCCGCUGCACUGCCUGUAAAUGCACACUGGAGGGUGCUCCAUUCAUCACAGAUGACGAUAACAACCCAUUCUGUGUUCCUGAUUAUCACCGACGUUUCUCUCCUCUGUGUGUGAGCUGCAAUGAGCCAAUUGUCCCUGACCCUGGAAGUGAAGAAACAGUCAGAGUUGUUGCUUUGGAGAAGAACUUUCACCUUAAGUGCUACCGAUGUGAGGAUUGUGCCCGCCCUCUGUCCAUAGAGGCAGAUGCUGAUGGCUGUUACCCACUGGAUGGAAAAAUUCUGUGCAUGAAGUGCCACACGAAGCGUGCCAAGCAGGCCAUGCACUGAUCAGUGGAGACCAUUGUCAUUUGUGCUGAAACCAAAUCUAAGAUACACAAGUUUGACUACGCUUGGAUUAUGUGGUUGCCACAUUGUUUCAUGCGUGUUUUGUAACUCUCUUGUCUUGCCUUGCCUUCUCCUGUAGCUCUGUUGUUGUUUGCUCGUUUUUUUCCCCUCUGUCCCUGUUUUCAGCUACGUAAUCAAACACAGGGAAUAAUUAAUUACGUUAUCAGCUCUGUUACUCGUUUUAUGCAUGGCCUUUAGAUUCAACCCUUUUCGCCUUUCACCAGCUCAUAUUUUCUCAAAGAUUUUCUGCAAAAUCAUAAGCACUCCACUUCAGCACACGGUUGAGUUUUGAAUAUAUGACACUGAUUUUAUUAUGUGAGAGUAAUAAAAGGCGUGACGUUAGGGUUUGAUAUGGAUUUGGACCUGUCUAUGACGAUAGCUUCAUUGGCUGGUUCGGUGCAGAGGUAAUGUACUGUACUGAAGCCCCAGCCUAGCUGUCUGCCUUCAUCAAUGCCUUCAUCCAUUCCCAGCGUGCCUCAGCACAUAAAAAAUUGCAACUCUCAUUAGAAGCCUUUAACCUUAGCCUUUUGAACAAAAGACAUUGAGCAGAGUUAGUAUUGCCUACAGAUGAUAUUUACAAUGAAAUAGUAAAUCAUUCAAACUGUGUCAAGUAGUAAUUGCGUCAUUUGACAAAUGCUUUUAGCAAAUAUACUUAACAAGCAAAUAAUAGAUGCAUGCUGCAAAGACUGGCAGCGGAGGAAGAAAAAAAAAUAGGGUGUGGGCAAAUCAUUGUUUAACGUGCAUGCAUCAACUAUUGAACAUAAUGAUAUUGAAAUAUUGAAGAUAAUGAUGAUCAAAUACUUAACAAAGCACACAAACUGGUAAACCGAUCUGUUCACUAAUGUAAUGCCUAGUAUCAGAUUAAAUUAAAGUAUUGCAAUGCCUUGCACUGAGCUGACUGCAACUUGCAAGUUUUCCUGACCUUGUAUAUUCCGUGUGUAAUAAAAAAAAGACUCCUAUUGACAUGGAAUAUCCAACAGAAAGGUGUAUGAUCAUUGCUCGGUUACAUUAUGACGUAUGUCCCAUAUUUUUAAGGUUUUUCAUUGCUACACAGAUCACCAGACAUGCAAGGCCAAUUUAGGAAAAUGUUACAGCUUUUAAAAACACUAUUAUAUGGUUAAAAUAUGGUUACGGUUAGAAUUUUUGCACAAAAGCCUUAAAGGACUCAGUAGCUGCAGUUAGACAAUAAUAAACUCAUCUCUCUCUCAAGCACCUGUUAGCAAAAACUCCUGAUAUGCUAUCCUAAAGUUCUAGUCACCUCUAAAAAGGAACUUUAAAAAGUUCUGAGUAUUCUGUGGAAAAUGCUUAGAAUCUAAGUAGAUAACAUUCCCUGAAAAUGCAUUUUAUACCCACUGCCUUCCUCACUUUUUAUUUUAUAAUAUUUAUGUUUUCAUGUAUUUUUCUAGAAUUGUUCAUGAAUGUUCCGCACAGUAUUGCUCUGUUUCUAGACUGGUUUUCUGAAAUGACUCUACAGCAGGUUAGAAUUUAUGGGCAGUCUCUCGCUGCCUCUCAUUAUUUUUCAUUUGUAAAACACUCCUUCUACCCAAAAUGUCCUGGUCAGUGUUUACUUUCCUAUAAUUCCUGAUGCAUUUAAAAAUGAAUGCUCCCAUUCCCAAAAAAAGUCAUGACCAAAUAAAUGUAUUGCCAUAUAUUUAAUUCCAUUAAUCACAUUUUCUCCCAGACAUGAACAAAUUUGUUUUACUGCAGUUUACAGUAUAUGACGGACACCUAUUUUAUUUUUCUUUGACUUUCUUUCAUUUACUACAUAUAUACCUACAAAUUCUUUUUUUAUUUUUGCAUAAUGAACAUUUAAAUUUCUUUUCAAUAUGUGAAUGUGUGUAUGUUUACGGUCUGAUGUAUGUCAACGUGUUGUUUUUGCAAUCAAACUCAUUUGUACUGUAUUAUAAAAUAAAAAAAAUU